AUGACGAAAUUAUCAACUGCGUUUUUGAAACAGCUAUGGCUAACAAUCGCUGCGUCCCUGGCGUUUCUCAUCAUCGGAUUAGUUCGAGGUUACUCUUCAUCUGCCCUUCCAUCAAUAGAGUCACAUGACCCUGGUCUAAUGCAAUCGAGUGAACAAAAGUCCUGGAUUGGUUCAAUCACACCUUUGGGGUCAUUUCUGGGCAGUUUGUUAUCGGGACCUUUAAUGCAUCAUGCGGGUAGAAGACGGACCCUUCAGCUGACAGCACCAUUGUGGGGAGCUGGAUGGCUCAUCCUAGGUUUCGCACCUAAUUUUCCUAUAGUGCUAUUGGGAAGGAUUAUGUCCGGUCUAGGAAUCGGCCUAGUGCUUGCACCCACGCAAGUAUAUGUGAGUGAAUGCUGCGACCCUGAGAUCCGUGGUCGUCUUGGCUCUUUACCUACACUGUCCAUGUCCCUGGGAAUUCUCAUCUCCUACAUCGCGGGCAGUUGGCUUUACUGGAGAUAUCUUGCAUUUCUGUCCGCCACAUUUUGUGCGGCGUUAUUCGUGGUUUUGAUUCGACUACCCGAGUCACCUGUGUGGUUAGAAACCCAAGGCUUAGACAACGAGUAUGCCAUGAAGUGGCUCCAUCUUUCAAAGCAUGCCGUGGCUGCUGUAAAUGGAGAAACACAGGAACCUGUAAAAAGUAUAAGCGGUAACAGCCUCAAACCAGUAGAAGAACCUCCAAAGAGUUUGUUCACGCGAGAGGUGUUCUUUUCGCCUUCAGUAACCAAGCCGCUAAUUAUUGGUUUCGCUUUGUUGUUCCUCCAACAGUUUAGCGGUAUCGACACCAUAAUUUACUUUACCGUAGAAAUCUUCCAAAAUGCAGGCAGCACAUUAAACCCAAUGACCGCAACUAUUAUUGUGGGGGCAGUGCAAUUGUUUAGCAAUGGUAUCAGCACGAUGUUAGUGGACAGAGCUGGACGAAGGCCGUUAUUACUUCUUUCUUCUAUCACAAUGUGCGUUUCGAUGGUUUCAAUGGGAGCGGCUUUUUACUUCGAAUUUGAAAAGGCGUCAUGGCUAGGGUAUCUUCCGAUCAUGAGCCUUGUGGUGUUCAUGUUGGGAUUCUCCCUAGGAUUCGGUGGUCUUCCAUUCCUACUGCUGGGUGAACUGUUCCCCAAACACUACAGAUCGCAGCUGUCUGCAAUGGCAAGCGCAGUGAACUUAUCGUCCAUGUUUGUGGUCCUCAAGUCUUAUCACCCGUUAGAGCAUAUUAUAACAUCUGCUGGUACAUUCUGGAUGUACGCCGCUUUCUCUGGGCUAGCGUUCUUCUUCGUCGUGUUCUUCGUCCCUGAGACCAAGGGAAAGUCCCUCGCGGAGAUUGAGCAGCACUUCAGAGGUAAAAAACACCAGGAGAGCAUUGAUUUGCAAAAUGUUCAAACGAAAUUUUAG